GCGAAUAACCCGACCACCUCGGCCGGCCGCCGUCUUACCUGACCGGCCACUGCCGCCGAAAUAGCCACAAACAGUGGCGCUACAGUGCCGCCGGCGGCGACGGGGACAGUUGGCGCCACCGGCGGCCACAGCUGCUCCGACGCGUGCCGUCGGUCGCCGCCGACGCUCCGAUCCGGUCGGGCUCCGGCAGUCGCCGGGAUGCGCUGGCGGCGGCGGCGACGGCGGUGACCGUGACGGAGGGGGUGGCCGCUGUGCCAGCGGCUCCGGCAGCGGCUGGAGAUGCACUGCGAGCGGCUGUGAGCUAUUGCCGAGCUGAGUUGGUGCCAGCGCUGCGAGCAUGCCAGCCCGGCGCGGUGGUCCAAGUGGCGCACCCGGCCACAAAGCAUCCAGUGUGAGACGAGUGAGGGCAGCGGGGGCGGCUCCUGACCUCGUGGUGGCCUCUGGACGGUUGUGUACGACGUGAGAACUGCACUGAUCUCAAUCGGUCGAGGUGAAGUGGUCACCGUCUUCUUUCGUGUGGAAGCAGGGGUGAUAAACGACCUUCACUACCAGUGGCUGUGACUGAAACUGACAGACCUGGUCGACGUAAGUCGCAUCGUCGACCUCGUAUCUCGCCCCGUGAGAAAACAAACAUUGUGACAGAGCUUUCACAGCUGAGUUUGCUCGACGACUGACAUUUCGAGUCACUGCGACUACAGGUGCUGACAAGUCUAUCACUCUGUGCCGUGAGUUGAUCCUUCGGGAGGCCACAGCUGACUAAAGUCUGGUGAUUAUUUCAUCAGUCCACGCGGGGACGGCACACGCCGACCGGGACGCCUCCCCUCGGGACGCGUCACCCGCCGGAUGCCGGUCGCCUCCCAUUCAGUGCAUGUGCACUGGGGGCGCCGCCCCAUGAACUUCCUGUACGCCGGCGGCGGCGGCGGCUCCAAGGGGGCCGGCGGUGACGGCUAUUCUCCGGUGCAGCUCUCCCGGCCGCGACUGAAGCUGCAGCCGCGCCGGUUACGCUGUCCCGUGGGCAGUGGCGCGCCGGCCGAUCAGCACGAGCUGCCUGAACGGCCGGUGCGCACCCAUAUCUUCAUGGACCUGGUGAGCAGCGGCUCGCGCGAGCCGCCGCCGCGCCGCCGCAGUCCCAGCCUGAUAGACCGUCUGUGCAGUGGACGGCAGGACAGCUGGAGGCAUCGGCACCGCGCUGAGGAGCACGCUGCUGCCGAGGCGGCGGCGGCGGCGGCGGCGGCGGCGGCAGCGGCCCCAGAGGAGGAUGUUCAGGAGGAUGGUGCUCGGUCCGCGCCGCCGCCACCGCCGGGGCCGGGGUCAGGGCGGUCAGGGUCAGAGGUGGAGGAGCUCAUCUCGCUCGACCAGGUGGACCAGGACUGCUUCAUCGUGCCGUUCGACAUGGUGGACCGGUUCCUGCCGACCGGACACAAGCUUCCAUCGGCACCUCCGACUCAGGGCCAGCGGUUGAGUCUACGUCAGACACCCAGCCCCGGUCUGAGCGUGGUGAUCCACGUGCUGGGUCACCUGACGCCGCUGGCGCCCAGUCUGCUGCAGCCGGCGCCCCCGCGGCACGUGCAGCUGGGAGCGUGUGUUAGUCUGCUGCGCCAGGUGACGCAGACGGCGGGAACACGGGACGCCCUGCUGCUCAGCAACCUCGAGAGGACAGAGCAGUUCCCGUUCCUGCUGUACUACACGGUGGACCGACAGCGGCGCAGCGUUCCUGAGGCCUACACGGCUGUGGUUCGGGCCACUCAGACCACCUUCUCGCGACUGGAGACCUCCUACGUGGGCGAGCACAACAUCAAACUGUACGACGAGGUGGCCAGCAUCGCCCGACCGCCGCUCUCGGACCAAAGGCGCCCGGUCAGUGAUAGCACGGGCUACAUCGUCUCAAUAUUCCGAGUUCUCGAAGGCGACGAUCGAAGAAACUUUGAGCGCGACUGGCUCAGCUGGACCGGGGCCCGUCUGCUCUACCGCAGUAUACCGCCGUGCGCCGGCCUGCGUCGGAUGGUGCUCCACAAGUCCACGGACAGCGGCGACCUCUAUUAUAUCCUCACCUGUGAGUGCAGUAACCUACUGGAUAACGUAGUGGCCUCUGCACGGGCCCUGCCGACGCUCCGGGCACGGCUCGUAGGCUACACGGGCAUCUAUAAACUGAUGGCGGCAUCCUGAACACACAGUGAAUAACUACUGGCGAUGGACUAAGCACAAGUGGUGACUGGUGGUGACAGCUUGUGACGGCUGUGGAGUGUGGUUCGCAGGCGCGUGGUGGAGCUGGUGACGACUGGUGAUGACUGGUGAUGACUGGUGAUGACUGAUAGUGACCGGUGGUGCCAGUUGAAAGUCUACACAUGUUCAAUGUUCGAUGUUUGGUGGCGAUAGCUCAGACUGAGAUGAUUGACGACGAUGCCCUGGUGGUAAUGUAAUGGUGGUACUUGACGGAUGGUGUUAAUGAUGACAACCGGUGGGCGUGGUCUGUGACUUUCAGAACGGUCGAUAAUUCGUUCGACGAUGACGUUUAAUUACGGAUGACUCCGGUCUAGUGUACCGACAAAGAUGGAUAGGUACUGACGGGAAUAUCUAUGCCUAGAGCAUCGCUUGUGAUGGUACUCACCGUUUUGUCGACACUUAUGUAGUCAUAAUGUCACCUGUCGCGGACAUAUGAUCACUCGGGAUUCAUAAGAGCUGAGUGGAUGUAGGUUUUAGUUAACGUUUUGGGACGGUCGAUUGUUUUACGGUUACUUAUCAUUGUGGUCUGCAGGGAUGCGUCAUUAUUCGGGGUCGUGCGUUUUGUUCGUUCGUGCUAGUUGAGCGUGAUCACCUUUGGAAAGCGAUUUAUUCGUACACCCCCAAUGCCACUGUGUUGACAUUGUGCUGAAUGUGAUUUGUGAUCGUGGGUUACCUUUUAUUCUAGAAUAGCAUCGAAGGCAUUAUGCAUAUUGCACUCAAUUGCACUGAGUCUCAAAAGUAGCUCGAUAGUCGAUAUAAUAAAACGGGAUUUGUAGAAA